CAGCCUUGAGCGAGUGAGUCAGGUAGGAGGCUAGCGGGCUGUGAACGCCCCUUCUUGCUCCGCUCCUCCCCUCUCGGUGGAAGAGAGAGAGAGAGAGAGUGAGCCACCUCUCCGCCGCCUCUUUUUACCCGCACAGAAAAUGUCCGGGCUGCAGAUCAACUUGGGACCCGUGAAGGAGCCGCUGGGCUUCAUCAAAGUCCUGGAGUGGAUUUUUGCCAUCUUUGCAUUUGCCACCUGUGGAGGUUACAGUGGAAAAACCUCCCUUAUCCUCAACUGCUACAAUGGCACAAACGCUUCUCUUCAAGCCAACUUUGCGUAUCCUUUCAGGUUGCACCAGUCUUCGUUUGACAUUCCUUCAAGCAAGCAGUGUCUCAGCAUCUGGAACAGUACUUACUACCUAGUGGGAGACUUCGCCUCUCCCGCUCAAUUUUUUGUCACUUUUGCCGUCUUCGUGUUCCUGUACUGCAUGGCUGCCUUGGUGCUCUACGUGGGCUACUUGCACUUGUAUCGGGGCACUGGUAAACUCCCCAUGAUUGACUUUGUUAUCACAGUAGUCGUCUCUUUCCUGUGGUUGGUGAGCACAUCAGCCUGGGCUAAGGCCCUCACAGACAUCAAAACAUCCACCGGACACAGCAUAACUGAACUUCAACCUUGCCUGAGCCCCACCAAUCGAUGUCAAUUCAAUGACAUCAGAAGCUUGGGUUCCUUGAAUGUCUCUGUGGUCAUUGGUUUCCUCAACCUGAUCCUCUGGGCAGGGAACGCUUGGUUUGUCUACAAGGAAACCAACUUGCAUAACCCUCCGGCUGCCGCUCCUCCGAGCCCAGGCAACCCCCCACCUCAUUCGGGGAUGUAAGGAGCAUGGAGAGCCAUCCGCUAUGGGGCGCAACCUCUUGCUGGCAGGAUGGUCGUGGCAGCAGGUUGUUGUUGUUUUGUAAACCGCCCUCCUGAUAAUGCAAUUGAUGUGUGAAAAAUGGAUGGGUUUCUUUUGUUGUUGUUGCUGUUCUAAAAUUUCUGUCUAAGAGGAAAGAAUGGAGAUCUCUGCUCAGCCCCGUGUGCAUCCAAACAGAUCAUGCUACUGUACUGAAGCUUAUUCUGUGCAUUGAAAAUAAGGACACAAGUUUCUUGAUUUAAAGCCUAGGAGAGUUUAGCUGUACAGUUUUCCAAGGGCUGCGCAGGUCAACACACGCUGUGUGCACUGAGUUGUGCUGCUCAGUGUACGCUGCAGCCUGAUCCUGUAUAUGUUUACUCAGAAGGCAGUCCUGUUGAGAUCAGUUGGGCUUACUUCUAGGCAAGUAUGCUUAGGAUUGCAGCCUUGGCCUCACCCAAGCGCGCGCGCGCGCACACACACACACACACACACACAUACACAUAUAUAUGUGCUUGGGUGAGACCAAGGCUCACAAUAUAUAUGUAUAUAUGCCUUUGGCUGCCUUGCAGAUAGGAAUUGUACAUAACACUCAAGAGAUGUACAUUGUUCUUAGGUUACACUGCUGUCCUUCCGUAGCAGGAAGAGUCUAGGCGACUGCCUGGGACAGUGUCUGUAUGUGAAACUCCUGUCACCAAACUUUAGAUCUGUAACUCUAGGAAUGGAAGAGAGCAGGGCUGGGGAACCUGUGGACCUUGAUCUAUAGCUUGAUCACAACCACCUUUCAACCUUAACCAUUGACCAUGCUGGCUAGGACUGCUGGAAGUUGGCAUUCAACAGAAUCUGGAAAGCCACAGGCUUCCCACACACGUAGAGAGACAAAAAGCAUUUCUCUGCACAUGGUCUAUAUAAACCAUAAUAUGCAAGAGUUGUUGAUAGGAGCUCUGCACAAAAUAAUGGCAUCUGAAGCCGGCUCCAGAAACUUGAACGGAACCCAAACCUUUAAACCAAUGUUGAAUUUCUAGCCCUUGCAGGUGGUAAGAAAAUGUGAGGCUUCAUUUAGGAUAAUAAUCAGCCUCUCUCCCUGACUCCACACCUCUUUUGCCUUAAUCCAGGCUUCGUCUAGUGCUUCGCAAACCAACUGAACUCUGAAUUUUGAAUUUCUUUUUAAAACAACCAAAGAAACCACGCUUGCUGCAAAUUAUUACACAGUGGCAUGUAAAAGUAUAGCAACUACUAGUAGAGCUUGCAAAUUCUCAUUAUCUGGUUAAUUCCCCUACACCCUCAGUUUAGGUUUUGCGAUUACAGAGUUCAGAAGCUAUCAUGCAUUUAGCGUAGCAUUCUGGAACUCCUGGCCAAACUCAGCUAAAAAGCUGCAAGUAGUUUGUCUUUCUGUGCCUGUAGAAUUUUGCACAGUUUGGAUUCCUAAGGAUCUUAGUUUUUAUUACUUCAAAUUACUUUAAAAAUGCAAGGUUCUAGCUGUCAUGGUUACAGAUGCCAAAAAUAAGGCUGCAGAGUUUGGAGAAUGGAUGGAUGUCUUUCAUGAUUUCUGAUAAACCUCCCCAUUGCCAAAUGUUCCUCCAUUGCUCGCUUCAUCUCCCAUUUCUAAGCUGCUAGUUUGCCAAAAUAUUCAGGAAAAGUUGCAGAAUUCAACAGGAAUGCAGAAGGAAGCAUGCAUAUGGGGCACAUUUAUGGAAAAUAGCUGCAUAUAUUUUAAUGGUGCUCAGAAUUCGACGUCAUAAUUCAUCUAAUUACUUUGGGAGAUUUCUGCUAUGAUCUCUAUUCAUGGCAUAUGAUUCCCCCCCCCCCCCCGGUUCUGAUGGAUGUAUUUACAAAAGCUUUGCAUGAACUCCCAGCAGUGUUUUCCCCCCAUCACAUUGUUGAUUCAGUAGGAUUUUCAUCGUAAGAUGUCUUGGGAGUAGGGAUGGGGAAACUGGGACCCCCAGAAAUUGUUAGAUUACAUUACAGCUCCCAGGAUUUUUGAUCAGUGAUCAUAGUGGCUGCUGGAGCUGGUAGGAGACUUGAGUCCCAGCAAGAUGCAAAGAGUAAGGAUGGGGAAAUCUGACAGUUCUGGUUCCUCUCACUUUUUUCCAGUCUUAGGUUCAGUUUUCCACAUUUCCACUUCAGUGUGUGAUUUUUUCUUUUUAAAUCAUCAGCAUUUUAGCGUGAAUUUCUCUUAAUAUGCACAAAAUUGCAUGCAAUUUCCCCUAAAACAGUUUUGCAGAGCAAUUUCCCCUAAUAUAGUGCAUCUUUAUGUACACUUUACCCCAGUAUAUAUAUGCAUUUUUGUACACAUUGCUUGGCUGGAGAACUGCGUUAAGAAAUUCGGAGAGUUUUUUCCGGUUCACUUUUCACUGAGUGACAAGCUUCCAAAAAAAAAAAACCUGGCUUCUCCCAGACGGCUGUUUGAAAACCAGUGAUUUGAAACAAUGAAAAAGUGUUAGCAGAUUGUGGUUUUUUGAUAGGAGAGGCAGGCUGUGCAAAGAACAACUGUCUCAUUUUGCUAACAGAAAAUAUGUUCCCCAAAGCAGCGUGAUCUGCUUUUAUGUUUUCUGGGAAACUACAGCAGUCCUGAAUAGAUAACUGAAAAUUAAAAUGAAAUAGCUAGUAACUUGCUAUUUUUGCUCCCAACCAUUCUAUAUGCAUUUCUUUUUUUGAUGAAUUACACUGGUGAUUGCUUCCCUCUUUUUUGUCAGUGAAAUCAUUAUCCAAACUGAUGACACAAAAUAAAACUGCUUAUGGGUG